AUAUAUACAGACAGUAUGACUAGUUCAUCAGUUGCAGCAAGGAGAGGUUGGGUAGUGGCAGCAAGUGUUGGAGUUGUGGAGGCCUUGAAAGACCAAGGGAUCUGCAGGUGGAAUUACACCAUGAGAUUACUGCAGCAGCAUGCCAAGAACCAACUUGGGUCGUUUUCUCAGGCCAACAAGUUCUCUUCCUCAUCUUCUGCUUUGGUCUCAAGUUUUAGACAAGAUGAGAAGGUAAAGCAGUCUGAGGAAUCUCUGAGGACAGUCAUGUACCUCAGCUGCUGGGGUCCCAAUUGAUCAUUCAUUCAGCCGCUCUUUCAAUUUUUAGUUAGGCAAGAACUCACCGGCCAUUUGAUCGAACAACUUGUAGGCUGUAGCCUGAAGGAAUUUGUAACUUUUCACAACGAAAUGUUAAAUCUAGAUCUUUGAGAUCUCUGUAAUUAAUGUAUUUACAAAUUAAUAUAUGAGAACUAAUUUAUCAUGCGAUCAA